AUGGUUUCAACAAAGCAGCUGCUCCUGCAGCUCGCCUCUGCAUAUCACACAGCCAACGCCGCUGUACUUCACAGCCGCGUCAAUGACAUCAGCAACUCCCCCGUCAUCAACCUAGGAUACGCCAAAUACCGCGGGGUAAGGCUAGAUGCAGGCGUAGAUCAGUUCCUGGGCAUGAGAUUCGCCCAAGCGCCUCUAGGAAACCUCAGAUUCAGGGCGCCCCAAGAUCCCACGCCAGAAAAGGACAUUCAAGAUGCUUCACAGUUCGGUCCAAUAUGCGUAGCCGUAAGCCAAACCCCCGACGCCGGCCACGCAGAAGACUGCCUCUUCGUCAACGUCUUCAAGCCCUCUCACACAACCGAACAUUCGAACCUCCCCGUCUGGGUCUACAUCCAAGGCGGCGGUUAUUCGCAAAACUCGAAUGCAAACUACAACGGCACCGAAGUCAUCCAGCAGUCCAACAAUGGCCUCAUCUUCGUCAAUUUCAACUACCGCGUCGGCGCGCUGGGGUUUCUGGCGAGUGAGCAUGUCCGUAAAGACGGCGAUCUCAACGCAGGGCUAUUAGAUCAGAGAAAGCUCUUGCAUUGGUUCGGCGGCAAUCCCAACCACGUCGUCAUCCAAGGCGCCUCCGCCGGCGGCGGCUCCGUCACGCACCACCUCACAGCCUACGCCGCCAAAAAGGACAACCAGCUUUUCGUCGGCGCCAUUCCCGAAAGCCCCUUCUGGCCAACUCUUCGCACCGUCGACUCCAUGGAGUUUCAGUACCAGCAGCUCCUCGCUAACGCAAACUGCUCAUCCCUCGCCUGUCUCCGCGGCCUCGACACGCAAGCCCUCAUCAGCGCCAGCCCCAACGCGCCCUUCACGGGAGCAGCAAGCAGCAACCCCUUACCGCUAUGGUACUGGCUUCCCGUCAUAGACGGCGAUUUAAUCACAGAUCACCUCUACGAUAAUUUUGAGCGAGGCCACUUCAUCCGCGUGCCGGUCCUCGUCGGCGACGACACCGACGAAGGCACCUACUUCGGCUACAACGCCUCCACCGCAGACCAAGUCCAAGUCUUCAUCAAGAACAACUACCCGCACCUCCAAGACUCCCAGCUCAACGCCAUCAGCCAGGCCUACCCCCUCGCCGCGCCUAUGGCCCAACACGCAGCCUACUUCCCCUCCGCACAAGCAGCAUACGGGGAAUCAACCUUUACCUGCCCCGGAAACACCGUCGCCGCCUCCGUAGCACGACAUUUCGACCCCCGCCGCGUCUGGAACUACCACUACAAUGUCUUGGAUCCAGAUAAUCUCGCGCAAGGCCUCGGCGUGCCUCACACAUUCGAGACAAGCGCCGUAUUCGGGCCCGGAUACGCCGGCGGGGCAGCAGCGUCCUAUUACACGACAAACGCGGCCAUUGUCCCCGUCACGAUGCAUUACUUUAUCAGUUUUGUGACAAAGUUGAAUCCUAACACGGCAAAGUAUGUUUCGGCGCCGAAUUGGGAUCCUUGGGGGCAGGGCACGGGGCAGCGGAUCCGACUGCAGACGAAUGAUACGGCCAUGGAGCCUGUGCCUUCGGAUCAGGUAGCGAGAUGUAAACUGUGGCAGAGCUUUCAGGGCUACACUCAGAUGUAA